CCGGCUGUGCUGGGGCGCGGAGAGUGGUACCGGCUGAGCGCUGGACCCGGCGCUGCUCUGGGUUAACUCUGCUGUGCGGCGUGGAAGAUGCGGAAGGUGGUUUUGGUCACUGGGGCGAGCAGUGGCAUUGGGCUAGCCCUUUGCAAUCGGCUGCUGGCAGAAGACGAUGGGCUUCACCUGUGUCUGGCGUGUAGGAACUUGAGCAAAGCAGCAGCUGCGCGAGACGCCCUGCUGGCCUCUCACCCCUCGGCCGAAGUCAGCCUUGUGCAGAUGGAUGUCUGCAGCCUGCUGUCUGUGGUCCGGGGUGCAAAGGAAGUCAAGCAAAGGUUUCAAAGAUUAGACUACUUAUAUCUGAAUGCUGGUAUCAUGCCUAAUCCCCAGCUGAAUGUCAAAGCAUUUUUCCUUGGCAUCUUUUCAAGAAAUGUGAUUCAUAUGUUCUCCACAGCGGAAGGCCUGUUGACCCAGGAUGACAAGGUCACUGCUGAUGGCUUGCAGGAGGUGUUUGAAACCAAUCUCUUUGGCCACUUUAUCCUGAUCCGGGAACUGGAACCACUCCUCUGCCACACGGACAAACCCUCUCAGCUCAUCUGGACAUCCUCUCGCAAUGCAAAGAGGUCCAACUUCAGCCUCGACGACAUCCAGCACAGCAAAGGCCAGGAGCCCUACAGCUCUUCCAAAUACGCUACUGACCUUCUCAAUGUGGCUCUGAACAGGAAUUUCAACCAGAAGGGUCUGUAUUCGAGUGUGCUGUGCCCAGGUGUGGUAAUGACCAAUCUGACAUAUGGAAUUCUGCCUCCCUUUCUGUGGACGUUGCUCUUGCCGGUGCUAUGGCUUCUUCGCUUUUUGGCAAAUGCGUUCACUUUGACACCGUACAAUGGAGCAGAGGCAAUGGUGUGGCUUUUCCACCAAAAACCCGAGUCUCUCGAUCCUCUGACAAAAUAUCUGAGCUCCACCACAGGCUUUGGGACUAAUUAUGUCACUGGCAUGAAGAUGGAUGUAGAUGAAGACACCGCUGAAAAGCUUUACCAGACCUUACUGGAACUGGAAAAGCAUGUGAAGCUCACCAUCAAAACAUCAGAUCUCCUGGGCUGAUGGCGGCGAUCUCCUGGGCUGAUGGCGGCGAUCUCCAGAGCAUCCCAUACCAUUUGUGCAUUCUGGGGCACGUGGCUUUCCAUGGUUCUGGGUGAUGCACAUUUGUAGUGAACCAUAAGCCGUGAUAAAUCUUCCUCCUCCCUUUCAGAAUGAUCUCCAAGACCCUGUGUGCAAGCCCAUGUACAGGCAUGUCCACACUCCUGAGAAAGGAGUGGCAAAGUAGAGGGGCCAUGCCCUUAAGAAUAGUGUCCCGUCAGAGUGGCUAGAGGCUUCCUUCAGCUUCUGCCACCUGGGGCCCAGCAGGUCAGACUGUGUGACUGGGACACAGGUACAGCCUGGACCUUCUUUUCAUCCCAGCAACCACUAGCUUCUUUGUCUUUUCUCUAGGAUGGUUUUCUCACUCUCCUUACGUCCUUCCUCUGCUGCUUCGGAUCAUCUUACAUGAUUGUCUGUCUGAGCGGGUCCCCAAGCGACUGCCCAUGCAGUCAGUCUCAGGAGCAAAGCUGAAUGUGUUUGGGCCACGAGCGCCAUUUCUUCUCUUGAAAAGCGUUUCGUUUUUAUCAGGUAGCGGAGCCAGCCAGGAGCCUCAUCUUUCAUAGCAUCUGCAGACGUGUCCCUCAUGAACCGAGUAUCUUCAUGAUCAUAUUGCACUGGAAUUAAACUUGCAGCAAAAAAUUAUUUAUUCAUGUUUCAAUAAAAUGAAAAAAAAAAAGCCCUGAAAAACUGCUUGUAGGCCAUCUGAUACACAGCAGAAGUAGAACAUAGUUAACUUUUACAUGUCAGAUGGUGAGGUUUUUCAAACCUUUUCUCUAUAAAUCUUAAAGAGCUGCACCUGAGCAUCCUUUGGUAUAAAUGAAAAUGUGAAAGGUGGCUACAUAUUUUUUUAUCAUAAAUAGAGCCAUCUUAUCACUAGGAAUAUAAUAAAGUCAGUUAAAACUUUGAACAAAGUGGAAAAAGAUACAUAAAUAUAAUUUUCCUACAGCUUGUGGUAUGAAAUUAUUCUGAUCAGAGGUUCUCUAAUUUUGUUGGUCAACAAAAUCUUGGUCAAGAUUCUUCUGUGAAGUUACAGGUGAGGUUGGGUGGCUUGGGACCCCGCCCCUGUCUUUGGGAAACAAGGGGUGGUUCCUCAUUCUUCUUCCACUCCAAACUCCCAUUUGGAAAAGGCUCCUCCUCCACCGGGAAUUCAGGUUUCUCGCCUACAAAGUGAAGCAGUCUCCGCCCUCAUGGGCUUGCAAGAGGAGUGAACUAACACCCCGAAACACGGGAUUCCUCAUUUUGGUGAAGAAUGCCAAGGUUGUUAGUGAUCAGGAACCCAGAAUGCCUCGGUCCAGACACUGCCUUUUUUGAGGAACUGUUGGCACCGUCCUUCGACGGGUGAUCAGAUGGUCCCUUCUGGUCCCCACAUGUUUGCAGGAGACAUCCUGGCAGGGAUGGAUAGGGAGUAUAGGCCCUGCGGCUGGGUAACCAUGAUCUAAACUUCCCUUGAGAGUGGAAAAGCUUGCUUGGGUUUUGAUUACUUGUGGGUUUAAAAAGAUGUAUCCUUUUUUUUUCUAGGGUUGUCAACUUAUAAGCAUCAAGUUAUUCAUAGAAUUUUAUUAUCUUUUUUUACUGGCUACAGUAGUAAUUCCCUCUGUUUUAUUCCUGGUAUUGCUGUAUUUUUAUUGUCAGUGGUGCAGGAGUUUUUCCAUUUUGCUGGUGUUUGCAGAGAACCAUGUUUCUGCUUCACUGAUUUUUUUUUUUCGACCUAGUUGUUUAUAUAUUGUCCAGACAGAUUUUAGCUUGGCUUGUUUUAAUUAUCUUCUUUUCACUUUCUUUGGGUUAAAAUAAGCUCUUUCUCUUUUUUUCCAUUCCUCGAGGUGAAAACUUAGGUUCCUUAUUUGGGAAUUUUUCUUAAUUGCUGCUGUAAGUGUUUAAUAAUAUAAACAUCACUCUCAGCCCAGCUUAACUGCAUCCCAUGUUUGCUGAAAUAUCAUCUUGCUUUUGUGUUCUUCAUUUCAGCCCUACAUUAGCUUAUUAAUCUCUGUUGAGGUUUCCUUUUAUGAAUUAUUACAAGUUUUAUCUAAUGCUCCUAAUUUUAGAGGUGUACAAGGUGAUGCUUGGCUGGGAAGAUGGCUUCGUGGUUGAGAGCACUGGCUGUCUUUCAGAGGACCCAGUGUUGAUCCCAGCACCAUAUGGGGGCUCGCGACCAUCUCUAACUCCAAUUCUGAGGGAUCGGAGGCCUUCUGGCCGCCAUGGGCACCACACAGGAAAACAAGUGGUUCUUUUAAAAUUUGUACUGAUUUGUAAGUGUAGUCUGUUGGGGUUUUCGAGUUUCAUUUUGGUGCAGUCAGGAUACGUCUAGUCCUAUUUCUGUUUUAAAUUUUUUGGGUUUCAUUUAGGGUUCUGCCUAAAUGAGGGUCUUGUGGAUUUUUCUCCACACCACGCUCGUAUUUCCUCCUUGGAACGCUCGGGGUGGCUCUCUGUAUUUUGUACAGAGUUCACGGUUGCCCUUCAGGCAGAUGUUGUAUGGGAGGCCACACCACUGUAUGAAAACAGCGUUGCUCAUCUUUACAUCAGUCUUCAGUUCUGUUGCAGUUUUUCUUGCUCUAAGUCUUUUCUGGGUUUUUUCUUUAAAUUUGAUUCAUUUUAUUCUUAAUUAAUUUAUUUACUUGGCAUGCUUGGGCAUAUUGAAUUCAGGGCUAUGCAGUUCAUCUCCCUUGUAGCUGAUUCCCUAGGCAGGAAUGCUGCGAAUAGUAGUUGUCGCCUGAAGAUUUAUCUUUCAACUUUGUUUUCUUCACUCCUCAGUGAGGUCUUUGAUAGUUAUUGAAUCUAAAAUUUCAUCAUGUCCCUCAGGUUUUAUCUACCUUUAAAAUAAAAACAACAAUAUUUAUCUGAGGGCUGCAGAGAUGGCUCCGCAUGUAGGAGCGCUGUCUGCUCUUCUAGAGGACUCAGGCUCACUUCACAUCAUCUACAUUUGGCUCACAAUUAUCUGUAACUCGACUUCUAGGGGACCCAGCAUUCUCUUCUGGCCUCCGUGGGCACCAGACACAUGAGUGAUUCACAGCCAUGUUCAGGCGAAACGGUCAGGCACGGUGGUGUGUUCCUAUAAUCCCAGUACUGGGGGAGGUAGAGGCAGGCGGAUCUGCAAAGCAAGCCCAAGACAGCCAAGGCUUCACAGAGAAACGUUGUUAAAAAAAAAAAAAAAACCUAAAUAAAUAAAUAAAUAGAAAAAGUAAAUAAAAGAAAAAUAAAUCUUAAAAAAAAAAUUCCAAACCAUUAAUGGGGGUGGGAGCUAGUGAGAAUCAGGUUGUGAUAAAGUGAAGAUCUCCUCACCCUGAAUGCUUCCUGAUAAACAUUACAAACCGGCUGCCCACAGCCCUUUUCCUGCUCUGCUCCAGGCUAGCCCAGAGUAUACACUCUCAUCCCUCCUGAAGCAUCCUAGCCACACUGGAAGCUGCUGCUCUCAGAGACAUAUACCAGCAUUGAGUUCCUCUUAUUUUCCAUGUAUUGAUAGAGGGUGCUUUAAAAAAAACAAACCAAACCAAACCUAUUUUUGUGUCAGACUGUGUGUUUAUGUAUAUUACACUUUCCUGUUGGAUUUUUUACCUUUGAUUAUAAGAAAUAUAUAUAAUAGGAAUGAAGCUCUUGCCUAAAAAUAACUUUGUCUAAAAUUUGUACUUCUCUUACGCUUUCCUGUUUGAUUUUCCACCUUUGAUUAUAAGAAAUAUAUAUAAUAGGAAUGAAGCUCUUGCCUAAAAAUAACUUUGUCUAAAAUUUGUACUUCUCUUGUUUAUUGUCCAUUAACAUACCAAAGGAUCAGCUCCAAGACCUACUGUUGUUACUCAUUGUUGUAUUUCUAGCAUUCAGUCAGUGAUUGGCACUUAGUAGGCUCUUGAUAAAUAUAUGAACAGUUGUUUGAACAAGUGCA